AUGUCUGAAGCUCCAGCUGCUGAAGCAGCGCAAGUGCCUACAUCAACGGCGUCGACCGUUCCAAACGAAACACCUGCAACAGCAAAUGGUGACGCGACAAACGAACCAAAGAAGCUCUCACCAGCUGAGCUAAAGAAGCAAAAACAGGCAGAGAAGCAAGCAAAGAGAGCGCAAGCCAAAGCCGCAAGUAACACGCCAAGUCAACAGCAGGGGCCACCCAAAGAAAGCCAGAAGCAGCAAAAGGACUCGAAGCAAGCACCAAGGGAUGACAAAUCAAGACCAUUGCCCACACGGAGACGACCUUCUCAGUCAAAUGUCCCAUUAGUAAAGGAGCCCGAGAAAAAACCCAAGAAAGAAACAAAGCAGGCCGGACUCUUCUUUGGACAUCUGUACAGCCAGCCAAAACAACAAUCCCUGGUUGGAGCGUCUAAAGACGUGCAUCCCGCGGUCCUCGCUCUUGGCCUCCAGUAUAGCAGCUAUGCUAUCUGCGGCAGCACAGCUCGCAUGGUGGCUAUGCUUCUGGUAUUCAAGGCGGUCAUCGAGUCAUAUUCGACACCUCCAGGAAACAGUCUGGCUCGACAUCUUACGAACCACCACCUUAGCCCUCAGAUCGAGUUCCUAAAGAGCUGUAGACCGCUCAGUAUUAGUAUGGGCAAUGCCAUUAGGUGGCUGAAGGAUGUCAUCAUUAAAAUCGAUCCCUCGACGCCUGAGAACGAGGCAAAGCGGGACCUAUUGGAAGAGAUCGACAUGUUCAUUCGUGAGCGAGUUACGGCCGCUGACAGACUCAUCCGCGAUCUAGCAGCGACAAAGAUCGAGCCUGGAGAUGUCAUCCUGACCUACGCAGCAUCUUCGAUCGUUGAGCAAGCCAUACUACACGCUCACAAGUCCGGCGUACCCUUUUCAGUAAUCGUAGUCGACUCAAAACCACUCUUCGAAGGCAAGCAGCUUGCGCGAAAGCUAGCAAACCAGGGCGUCAAGGUGCGGUACUACCUGAUCACAGGUGCAUCCCACGCCGUCAAGGACGCGACUAAGGUGUUCUUGGGAGCACACGCGAUGAUGUCGAACGGUCGUCUCUACUCACGUGUUGGCACUGCACUGGUAUCCAUGCUAGCUAACGCACAUUCGCUGCCCAUCAUUGUCCUCUGCCAGUCAGUCAAGUUCACCGAGAAGGUUGCCCUAGACUCGAUCGUCGGCAACGAAGUCGCUCCAGCUGAGGAAUUGCUGUCAGAGGCCCAACGCCGAGACUUACUCCCGCUCAAGUCAAUGUUACCAUCAUCCAAGGGUGAAGAGAAGCCGGAUUCAGAAGACGCUAGCGCCGACACUACCGACGUGUUGAAGUGGGUUGAAGAUAAUAAGAACUUGCAUCAUCUUCAGGUCCUCUACGACGUCACACCCACACACUAUAUCAACAUGGUCAUUACCGAAUACGGCAGCCUACCGCCUAGCUCGGUCCCUGUUGUUCACCGAUUGAGUACGAACAUAUAA